CAAACCGGAAAUGGUUGUCUCCACUCACGUUAGCUUACACUUCCCCUGCCUCUUGCAGGGCUGAACAGAACCGAACCGAUGCUAGUACUACUCUAGAGGGAUUUACGCGACUCAAGAGGUUAGCAUAGGAACCCGAACUCCUUCCCUGUCUGACAGGUUGCGGGUCACGUGACAGCGCGCGUGUGGAGUAGAUCCACUUAGCCGAGAUCAGCCAAAAGGGGGGCGUGGCUUUGUACUGUACCUGGCAGGUGACGUCACCUAGGACCGUUUGCCGGAAACCGCUGCAAAAUGUCGUCAGCGACGUCACACUCGUCGCCAUGGUGACCAAGAAAGUCCGAACGGAGUACAUGAAGAAGUUCCGGGAGCCCAAGUGGGAGACCUUUUCCAAAUGCUACGAGGAUUCCCUACAUUACCGCCUGACUCGGCGGGUCAUGGAGCACUCGCACAAGCCCUGGUUCUGGGAGGGCGGCUCUGUGCUAUCCAGCGGCCAGUCCACGCCCAGGACCGCCGGACCUCGGGCCAGAUGCAACCGGGUGGCUCCGCUGUCCGUUACCGCCGUAACAAACCAGCUGAUGUCCAGUCCUGGUGCCGGGAAGCCGUCAAACGAGGAGGAGGAGCAGGAAGCAGAGGAGGAAGCCGUGGACGCCGAUGCAGUGACACCUGCAGAAGUGGCACAGACAGAAAACGCGGUCUCAGCUUCUCCUAACCCGAGCGGCGCCUCAGACGAGCUGGAGCCCGCCAACGGCCCAGCAGACUCACCCGACUUGAACACGGAUCCACCCAAGGCAACGGCGGUACCGACAGGACAAUCCUGCCCCCGCCAGGGCAGUUGCCGCAGCAACAAGUUGUCAGCUGACCGCAAACCAGAGCGCGCUAAGAGCCAACCGCCACUGGGGGGCGCCAGGGACAACCAGCGGAGCCGAUGCGAAGACGCUCACACCAGCAAAGUUGUAACGCCCAACAAUGGCGAGCGUUGCGACGCAAGUGUCCAGACACCGACCAUGAUGUUGCGUCCUCCCGACAAGCGUCCGGCGAGCGCCGAUCGCCGUCGCGCUCGCUCAGCCGACCCGGACAAGCUGAGACGCUGGCAGCUGACGACGUCCGCCUCCGAGCGCUGGGUGACGGAGUACAUGCGCUGCUUCUCUGCACGGGUCAGGUAGACGAAAGGACACGCCUCCACGCAAAAAUAAAAAUGUUUGGAUGGAGCGCAACAAAAACACAUAUCUACUCGGAGUCUUUAACAUUCCACAGUUUUUCUCUCCUUAAUCACAUUCGAGAGUAUCAAUAUAUAAAUUGUACUUGUGCUGUAUUUAUCUAUUUUACUGUAUUUAUUUUCAUCCCAAAGGGAAAUUGUGUGCUUUUGUUUUUCCGCAAGUUAAUUGCAGUGAAAUAUUUCGAUUGUAGAUACUUUAAGGGUUAGAAAUAUGAUGACGUUGGAGUGUUAAGCUUUGUUUUUAUUAUCGCUGACCUCGUUUGUGAGAACUGACGCGGCCGUGCAAACUAUGCAAACGCACACCAGCAUAAGCUGGACAAACAAUCAUGCUUAUGUGAAGCGGAGAUAUUUCUAUUUUUAUUCCUUGAUGUUGUAGCGGUUUAGUGUGUUUGAAUCGUGAAAAACAAAACCGACGUGAAUUGGUGAAAAGCUUGCAAAUGAAGAUACCGCUAACUAGCACUAACGUUUGUAUCUGUAAAGAAUGUUUCUACAUUUGACAAAAUAUGUAUUUUCUUUUAUUCACAGUCCAUUUUGACAGCUUUUUUGCUACUUUGGUGCAUGUAAAUGUGAUAUCACCGACAGAACAGGAAGUACGCGCUCACUCGUUUACACACUUUUGUUCACUAACUUGAUAAAGAUAAAUAAGAAUAAAUGAUUUUUUAAAUGA